UCCUCUUCCUCCUCGGAUGGGGCAGAUAAAUUCUAGAACAAAACCAAAAAUGCUAAUGUUGCCACUCUCACUUCCUCUCAGCCUUUAGGCAGAACGUCUUUCAAUACAGUGCUUGCAGAGGGGCACCCACUGAGAGAGAAGAGGCUGGUGCCCCCGGGGACUCUGGCCUGCCACCGGUUCCAGUUCGUCAUGCAUUCUCAGGGCCUCCACUGGUUACAGAAAAUGCCAGGAUGAUGCCUCCUUUGCUCCUGGCUGGGACUCUGAUCAUGGCAUUGUUUCUCUCCUUCCUAAGACCCGAGAGCACGGCUCCCUGCAUAGAGGUGGAACCUAAUAUUACCUACCAAUGCAUGGAACAGAAUCUCCACAAAAUCCCUGACAACAUUCCUUCUUCAACCAAGAACUUAGAUUUGAGCUUCAACCCCCUGAAGACCUUAGGAAGCCAUAGCUUCUCCAAUUUUUCAGAACUUCAGUGGCUGGAUUUAUCCAGGUGUGAAAUUGAGACAAUUGAAGACAAGGCAUAUCAUGGCUUACACCAGCUCUCAACCUUGAUACUGACAGGGAACCCUAUCCAGAGUUUAUCUGUGGGAAGUUUUUCUGGACUAUCAAGUUUAGAGAAUCUUGUGGCUGUGGAGACAAAACUGACUUCUCUAGAGAGCUUCCCUAUUGGACAACUUAUAACCUUAAAAAAACUCAGUGUAGCUCACAAUCUGAUACAUUCCUUCAAAUUACCUGAAUAUUUUUCUAAUCUGAUCAACCUAGAACACUUGGACCUUUCUAAUAACUGUAUUCAAACAAUUUACCACAAAGACUUGCAAGUUCUACGUGAAAAUCCCCAGCUCAAUCUCUCUUUAGAUCUGUCUUUGAACCUAAUUGACUUCAUUCAGCCUCGAUCCUUUCAAGGAAUUAGGCUCCAUGAACUGACUCUAAGAAGUAAUUUUAAUAGCACAAAUGUAAUGAAAACUUGCAUUCAAAACCUGGCUGGUUUACAAGUCCAUCGGUUGAUCUUAGGAGAAUUUAAAAAUGAAAGGAAUGUGGAAAGCUUUGAUAACUCUGUCAUGGAAGGACUGUGCAAUGUGGCCAUUGAUGAGUUCCGAUUAGCAUAUGCAAAUCACUUUUCAGAGGAUGUUACUGAGUUUCGUUGCUUGGCAAAUGUUUCUGCAAUGUCUUUGGCAUAUGUGUAUUUAAAACACCUAGAAUAUAUGCUUACACCUUUUAAAUGGCAAUCCUUAGCAAUUUUUAAAUGUAAGUUUAAGCAGUUUCCACAUCUGGAACUACCCUUUCUUAAAAGAUUGAUUUUAGCUAGCAACAGCGGGGCUACCAGUUUUACAGAAAUGUAUCUGCCAAAUGUCACAUUUCUUGAUCUCAGUGGGAAUGGCCUGAGCAUUAUGAGUUGCUGUUCUUACUCCGAUUUGGGAACAAACAGCCUGAAACACUUGGACCUCAGCUUCAAUGGCAUCAUCAGCAUGAGCACAAACUUCCUGGGUCUAGAAGAGCUGCAGUACCUGGAUUUUCAGCAUUCCACUUUAAAAAAGGUCUCAGAAUUCUCAGUGUUCUUAUCCCUUGAAAAACUCCGUUAUCUUGACAUCUCUUAUACUAACACCAAAAUUGGCUUUGAUGGCAUAUUUCAUGGCUUGACCAGUCUCAACACCUUAAAAAUGGCUGGCAAUUCCUUCAAAGAUGACACGCUUUCAAAUGUCUUCACAAACACAACAAACUUGACAUUCCUGGAUAUUUCUAGUUGCCAAUUGCAACAGGUGUCUUGGGGGGUGUUUGACACACUCCAUAGGCUUGAGUUACUAAACAUGAGUCACAACAACCUACUGUUUUUGGAUCCAUCUCAUUUUAAACAGCUGUACUCCCUCAAGACUCUCGAUUGCAGUUUCAAUCACAUACAGACAGCCAAAGGAAUACUGCCACAUUUUCCAAAGAGUCUAGCCUUUUUAAAUCUUACUAACAAUUCUAUUGCUUGUACAUGUGAACAUCAGAACUUCUUGCAGUGGGUCAAGGACCAGAAGCUGUUUGUGGUGAACGCUGAACAAAUGACAUGUGGAACACCUGUAGAGAUGAAGGACUCUCUGGUGUUGGAUUUUAGGAAUGCCACAUGUUAUAUGCACAGGACCAUCAUCAGUGCAUCAGUGAUCAGUGUCCUUGUGGUAUCCACUAUAGCAUUUCUGAUCUACAAAUUCUAUUUUCACCUGAUACUUAUUGCUGGUUGUAAAAAGUAUAGCAGAGGUGAAAGCAUCUAUGAUGCCUUUGUCAUCUACUCAAGCCGGGAUGAGGACUGGGUGAGAAAUGAGUUGGUAAAGAAUUUAGAAGAAGGGGUGCCCCCAUUUCAACUCUGCCUUCACUACAGAGACUUUAUUCCUGGUGUAGCCAUCGCUGCCAACAUCAUUCAGGAAGGCUUCCAUAGGAGCCGGAAGGUUAUCGUGGUGGUGUCUAGACAUUUUAUCCAGAGCCGCUGGUGUGUCUUUGAAUACGAGAUUGCUCAGACAUGGCAGUUUCUGAACAGCCACUCUGGCAUCAUAUUCAUUGUCCUGGAGAAGGUGGAGAAGUCCUUGUUGAGGCAACAGGUGGAAUUGUAUCGCCUUCUCAGCAGGAACACCUACCUAGAGUGGGAGGACAAUGCUCUGGGGAGGCACAUCUUCUGGAGAAGACUCAAAAGAGCCCUGUUGAAUGGAAAAUCUUGGAAUCCAGAGGAAAAAGGAGAGGAAGAAAACAAUCAACAAGAUACAGCAACUUAGACCUGAGGAGGACAAAUCCCUGGGUCCAGUACUCAUUCUGUUUACCAAUACUAUUAUGGAUUACCUCAGGAUCUGCUGUGGACAGGUAUCCCACCCUCACCAAGUACUACAAGGCUGGUAACAUCAUGGACCUUUCAGA